AUGAGCGACGACUCAUGGGGAGAAGUUAAUAAUGGUGUUGGAGAAGACGCAUGGGAAACAACUUCCAACGAAUGCAUGAAACAUGAUUCUGGCGACACCUUCGGCUGUGACUAUAGAGAAGAUCACUCGGACACUAAACCUACUGGAUGCGGUAUCACAUCCAAAAAGAUCAGUGGAGGUUUCAGCGAUAGUAUUUCGAGUCAUAGUGGAAGUUCGAGAGGAAGACGAAGAGGCGGUUUUGCCGAUAACUCUGGAUUUGGCUCUGGUUCAAACAACAAUGAUUCUGUUUUCGGAGAAAAUUCUGGUUUUGGAAGUUAUGGUUCUGGUGGAGGACCCGGUAACACGUUCGGAGCUGGUGCGGAUUCAGGAUUCGGAUCGAAAGGAUUUGGCAGUUUUGGCAACUAUUCCAGAUAUGGGCGCGGAGGAGGAUCACAGAUAUGCUACAACUGCGGCGAGGGCGGCCAUCAGUCUCGUGAUUGCACUGACUCUAAUAAGCGUCGCGAUAUGAAAUGCUACAACUGCAACGGUGAAGGACAUCAGUCGAGAGAUUGUUGCGGACCGAGUAGGCCACACAAUGGGGGUUCCCGUGGAGGAUACUGCAGAAGCGACUCAGGCGAUGUUCGCCGAGAAGGUCGCAGAUUCGAAGGCUGCAACUUUGGUUUCGCUGCCAGUGGAUCUGGAAGCGGUAGCAGCUCAUUUGGAUUUGGCAGCUGCUCUGAUGCUGGCUUCGGCAGUAGCAGAGGGAGGGGUGGCUACAGUAAUAGCGAAUACAACUCCUUUCCUCGGGUGUCGAACGACUUUUCGGGAGGUCUAUCGGGCGGAUUUGGUGACAGAAGCGGUUUUCGUAGGAAUGGCACGGUUUCUACGGCCGGCAGUUUCGCUCAAAGAAGGAGUAGAGAUGAGUGUUGUUACAACUGCGGCGAGACGGAUCAUGUCUCUCGUGAAUGUCGAAAUCCACCACCUAACCAUCAGAUGCGGGCCAACAAUGAACCACCCAGGAAACAGCCGUCGACUUUUGUUCCCCAGGACGAAGACGUAGCUAUGUUGUACAGAGAACAUAUCGAACAGGGAGAGAUGUUCACAAAGCUGUUUGAAGCUGAGGUGACGCUAACUCAAGGAGGCCUUCAUGGCAGGACAGAGAAGGGAAAAAAGAUUUCGUCUUUCGAAGAGCUCGAACUACCCGAACAGAUUGCGGAGAAUAUAGUGAACUGCGGAUACAAGAACCCAACUCCUAUCCAGCAGUACGCGAUUCCUGCUAUUUUCAAAGGGCGAGAUAUCAUGGCAUGUGCCCAAACCGGUUCUGGAAAGACCGCAGCAUUCUUGCUGCCGGUGAUGACAACUCUGAUACGUACGCAGAAUCUCAGUGAUGCUGGUGAACGCACAUGCUGUCCUAGGUGCAUUAUUAUCGCUCCAACUCGCGAGCUUGCUGUUCAAAUCUAUAAUGAGGGGCGAAAAUUAGCGAACGGUACCGUUUUGCGUGUUGCAUGCAUCUACGGCGGUACUGCUGUAAUGAUCCAGAGACAGCAGCUCAAUCGCGGUGCUACAAUUCUGGUCGCUACGGUGGGGCGGUUAAAGCACUUUUUGUCCGAUGGAUUCAUUUCCUUGCGCGAAAUUAAGUACCUGAUUUUGGAUGAAGCCGAUCGCAUGUUGAAUUUGGGAUUCGAGGACUCGAUCAACUUUAUUUUCAGUCAUCCAUCUCUAACUCCAAGAGAAGAGAGACAGACAUUUAUGUUCAGCGCAACGUUCCCUCCAGAAGUACAAUCUGUUGCCACUCAGCAGCUGAGAGCUGACUUUUUGAUGAUCACAUGUGGUAAAAUUGGUGUAGCUAACAAAUGCAUCCAACAGGAGAUCAUCGAAGUCACGUCCGCCGAGCAAAAGAAAGAAAAACUUCUUCAAAUGCUUGAAAUUGACCUUAAAUCAUAUGUGGCAAAUAAGGACGCUGAUGUGUUCAAUAAGAAGACUAUGGUUUUCGUAUCGCGCAAGUUCUUCGCAGACACCCUCGGAGUGCUUCUAUGUCAAGCUGGAAUACCAUCUACGACUAUUCAUGGAGAUCGUGGUCAAGACCUGCGGACGGAGGCUAUUAACGAUUUCAAGUACGGGAGAAAAGCGGUGCUAAUUGCGACAGCUGUUGGUGAACGAGGCCUUGAUAUUAAAGGUGUUGACCACGUGAUUAACUACGAUCUACCUUCGACGGGAGAGGACUACAUCCAUCGUAUUGGAAGAACCGGACGUGCCGGGAAUCCUGGACGGGCGACUUCCUUUUACUACGCAGCGGAAGACAGGCAGUUGGCAGAAAGCUUAGUGGGAAUUUUAACUGAAGCUGGCCAAGAAGUGCCCGAGUUUCUCAACAUGGAGAUUGGUGGCUUUCCGACCGGCAAAUUUAGCGGGUUUGGGGACGAUAACGAAAGUGCUGGAGUGGAUAAUACUGCAGAACAAGUGCAUCCUAAACACUUUAAUGUUUCGGACGAAAUUUUGUAG